GCGCCAUCUCGCGGUGAUGUACGGUGGCGAAAACGAAAUCGAAGAAAAUGUCUUCUAUAUUUCCAUCUUUACUCCCACAGCUGUCAAAUCCAUUGUGGUUCGAUGUGGAAAAACCCUUUGAAGACGAGGCAGAAUUGGCAGAAGAGGAAAGAAAGCAUCAGAGUUGGCUUCAGAGCAUUGUUGAGAAAGAUCAAGAUGUGAUCCCUAUUGGAAAAACAGCAUCUGAGACAUAUGAUGAAGAGGAAGAUGAAGGUGACAUUGAGUCUGAAGAGGAAUCAGAAGAAGCGGAAGAUCCUGAAGCUGAAGAGAUGAAUGACUAUGACCAGGAGUCACCAGAAGAGGUUGAAAUGGACAUGAAUAAUGAGGAGGACAUAUGGGUGGGACUACAGGAGUGACCAACAAUACCAAUGUGACUGAUGUUCUGCGCUUACUUCAUUGCUGUGUUAACUACACAAAGCAGUAUUAACAGUUUCAAGAAGUAUGGGAGAGAUGGAAUGCUUCACCCUUCCAUGCUGUGGGCGUCAAAUCUCGCCCCAAAGUAUGAUAAUCUACCAGUGUAUUUGGUUGAUUACCAUUGGUUGGUUGAUUUUUGUUUUUCCUGACUGCUAUUAAAGAAAGCAUGUAUAUGCUUGUAAGUAAGCAACCAAGGGACCGAGGGACUUGGUAAUGAGGAUUAAUGCCUUACCAAAGGGCAUGAGGGCAUUGACUUAGUUUUGAACUUGGUACCACCGCUCUACCACUGAGCCAUCGUGCCUUCUUUGGACAAAAAUUGCUAUAAUUUACUUCCUAGAACAGAAAAAGUACCCUCAGUCCCUCACCGUAAAGCUUAUCCCCAUGGAAUGUAGUAUGUCCAAUUUGAUAAUGCAACAGCCAUUGAUAGUCAAAAUUGAAAGCUUGUUUAUUUUUUGACAAAUAUGCAGAACUGUUCAUCACAAAAGCAGACCUGCCAACCAGUACGAUUUAGUC